CUAUGUAUGACUCUACCAUGGACCACAUGAUCUGGUGCCUGCUGGUCCUGGGAGCCACAGUGAUGACCACCAAUGCAUGCCCCAAGUACUGUGUGUGCCAGAAUCUGUCCGAAUCCCUGGGGACAUUGUGUCCCUCCAAAGGCCUUCUAUUCGUGCCUCCGGACAUUGACCAAGGCACGGUGGAGCUCCGUCUUGGAGGCAAUUACAUACUCCGCAUCACGCAACAGGACUUUGCUAAUAUGACUGACCUGGUGGACCUGACCCUGUCCAGAAACACCAUCAGCUACAUUCAGCCCUUCUCUUUUGGGGACUUAGAAACACUGCGCUCACUUCAUAUGGACAACAAUCGCUUGGUGGAGAUGGGUCCUGAUGACCUGCGAGGCUUGGUCAACCUGCAGCACUUCAUCGUUAACAACAACCAGCUGAGACGUAUCCAUGACAAGGCCUUUGAGGACCUGGCACCCACCUUGGAGGAUCUGGAUCUCUCCUACAACAACCUGAUGUCCCUGCCCUGGGACUCAGUCCGACUGAUGAUCAACCUGCACCAGCUCAGUCUGGACCACAACCUGUUGGACUUUAUUCCAGAAGGAACCUUCACUGACCUGGAAAAACUUGCUAGAUUGGACUUGACCUCCAAUCGGUUGCAGAAGCUACCACCAGACCCCAUUUUUGCCCGAGCUCAGGACUCAAUGAUCCUGACCACACCCUACGCUCCCCAGCUGUCUCUCAGUCUAGGCGGGAACCCGUUGCACUGCAACUGUGAGAUGCUGUGGCUGCGGAGGCUUGAGAGAGACGAUGACUUGGAAACGUGUGCCUCGCCUUCUGCCCUGAAGGGUCGUUACUUUUGGAACGUGAAGGAGGAAGAGUUUCUAUGUCAGCCACCUCUUAUUACCCAGCACACCCACAGAAUGCUGGUGUUGGAGGGCCAGACUGCUAGCCUAAGGUGUGAAGCAACUGGCGACCCUGCUCCUACCAUCCACUGGAUCUCCCCCGAGGAUCGGCUGCUUGGAAACUCCUCCCGAACCGAGGUAUACAGCAAUGGAACCCUCAGCAUCAGCAUCACCACCUCCAAGGACUUUGGCUCAUUUACUUGCAUUGCUGCUAAUGUGGCAGGGGAGUCCACCGCCUCUGUGGAGGUAUCCAUCGUUCAGCUCCCCCACCUCAGCAAUGGCACCGGGCAGCCAUCAGCACCGAAGUCACGCCUCUCUGAUAUUACAGGGACCACAAGGAUCAGCAAAGGGGCACCAAAGAGCCAACCAGAGAGGACUGUGACCGUCUCUGAGGUGACAGCUGUUUCCGCGCUGGUCACUUGGACAGUGAGCAAAUCAUCUCCCAAGGUGAAGAUGUAUCAGCUCCAGUACAACUGCUCUGAUGAUGAGGUCCUGAUAUACAGGAUGAUCCCAGCCUCCAGCAAGGCUUUCUUGGUGACGAACCUGGUGUCAGGGACUCGCUACGACCUGUGUGUGCUGGCCGCCUGGGACGACACGGCCACCACGCUCACGGCCACCAAUGUUGUGGGCUGCGCCGACUUCCUCACUCAGGACGACUACGCCCAGUGCCGGUCCCUGCCCAGCCAGCUGCUGGGGGGCACCAUGAUCCUGGUGGUAGGGGGCAUCAUCGUCGCCACCCUGCUCGUGUUCAUCGUCAUCCUCAUGGUGCGCUACAAAGCCACAGAUACUGACCCACCGCUAGGCAAGCUGUCAAGUUUCAGUGACACACACUCUCAAACCAAUGGGGGUCGAAUCGGUCCAAACGGAGUUCUCAUGCCGCUGCCUCAGCCUCAUCCGGAGCCCAAGGUCAAGGCCAAGGUGACUCUGCAGGACGAAGUGGUGGAGUUCAAGUGUGGCUCCCUUCAGAGCAGCCUCACCUCCUCUUCCUCAUCCUCGGGCUCGGGCUCAAUGGCGGGGGGCUCAUACAGCCCCAACAGCACACUCGCCAGUAUUUGGAGGUCAGCUAACCCCAAGCCCCGCACCAACCUUGACAACCUGCUCGGGGCGUUCAACUCGCUGGAGCUAAGGGGGGGGCAGGGCCGGGACCUGGGGGCCUCCAGUAGCGCUGCCAUGGCAACAAGGAAGCCCCACACGGACAGGGAGCCGCUGCUGGGCCGGACCCUGGACUCCAGCCUCAGCCGGCUCCUCAUGCUCCCGCUGGACUCCAGGCCAAAGAGGAGCCAGUCCUUCGACAUGGGCGACAUGACGGGGGGGGCCGCGUCCGCUCAGCUGCGCAACAAACCCCGCAGGAUCAGCAGCAUCUGGACUAGGAGGAGCCUGUCUGUGAACGGCAUGCUGCUGCAGUGCGAUGAGGAGGGGGACACGGGGGGGAGCAAGGGGACAAUAGACAGUGCUGACUGGGUGAUGGAGAGUACUGUGUAGGAAGGAUGGAGCGUCAAACACUGCCCAAUACACUAGGAACACUGAACAUGGACUUGAAUUAAAUGUAUGAUGUCAACAGAUUUCACAUUACGGAAUUAGGUUAGUUAAAAGCAAUACUAUUACGUUUUAAUACAAAAUAUUAGGCUCAAUUUAAUAGUAUUGCUUUCAAUUAACCUAAUUCAGCUAUGUGAAAUGUGUUGAAUUAAAGUCAACAUUUCAGUGUUUUCAGUGUGGUCUGCCAAGCCUAGACAGAGCCUUUGUCCUGCAUGAAGCAUCCUUUGUAUCCCUUCCUCUCCUCAGAACAGACUUUCACGGUCAAAGCCAAUACAAACUUCAGGAAUAAGACCUCUGAAUGGUUCUGCCUCACCCUUUGUACAGAGAUGGAUUCAAAUGGCUGAAGGGAAGUGACAGAGCAGGGCCGUCUGGAAUAUGUGACACUGUAUAUAUUUAAAGUAUGUAAUGAAAUUAAAGUUUUAUAUUUUUUAUUUUGCUGGUCAAACACAAAUGAGAACUGGACUCUGCCUUGACUCCAAGGCGUGACCAGUGGUUACACUAUGAAAACCUCUUCUGUAAAUUCAUUUUGGUUACCUACUUGUGCAGUUUACCCUUGUCUGGGGAAAUGGUAAAGUAUAUAUAUAUAUAUAUAUAUAUACACGUAGAUGUAAUGCUUUGAUUCAUGAAGAUUUAAGAAAAAAGAUUUAUUCAAAAAAGCUGUAUGUGAAUAUAUUUACUUUCUAUACAGAGUAUAUAUAUUUGAGGGGGCACUCAAUAAUUAUGUAUGCCAAUCAUAUAAAGUUGUAUGUGACUGCAUAGAUUAUAAAACCCAUCAUCUCCUAUGGCUUUUCUCUAUGUGAACACUAAUUGUUUAAAAGAUGCCAAAUUAUUGACGCACAUAAUUUUCCCAGACAAUUAGGCCUGCUUAGUUUUUGUACAUUUGUUAGCUUCAGGAGCAUAAUACUAGUUUUUCUAUGGGUUUUAUCGUUUAUAAUGUAGUCCCCCCAGUUCAUUGAAAUGACAACAAUUAUCUCUGACAACAAUUAUCUAAGUAGUAUGAAAAUAUUAAAAUGCCUGAAUGGCGAUAUAUAUACAAAGGGCUGUCAAUGAACUGAAAUAUGUAAUUGCAAUGAUGAUGUCACAAUAUACACACACUGAAAAACUGAAACGUUGACUUUAAUUAAAUGUAUUAUGUCAACGGAUUUCAUUUAACUGUAUUAGGUUAGUUGAAAGCAAUAAUAUUACAAGUAGGUACAACUUAAUAUGAUGCAUUCAACUAACUAAUACAGUUUUGUGAAAUUAGUUGACAUAAUACAUUUAAUUAAAGUCAAUGUUUCAGUUUUUUCAGUGCGCGAUUAAUCGCAAAUAAAACGCACUUUUGUUUUUAUAUGAUUUAAAUGUACCUAAAAGGGAUAUUUUCUAGUUUUGAAUACUCUUAUCAGCAUGGGAGUGGACGAUUAUUACUGUUCUUUAUGUUUGUUAUUAUUGCAACAAUCCAAAACAAAGAAAUUAUAAGUUAAUUUAAUGUAAGGCAACUUUACUGCGCCCAUCGCUGCCUGAUUUCCAAAACGACACGUUAUAUCGCAUUAACUUUGACAGCCCAUAUAUAUAUAUAUAUAUAUAUAUAUAUAUAUAUAUA